AUGAAUGCAGAGCCGAGGGGAGAUAACUUCGAUCUCGAAGAACAGCUGCAUUUGGCUUUUGGGUGGCCGGCGGUGGUUGCCGUGCAUCUGGCGAGGGGAAAGUUUUCAGUGCAUAGAGGAAAUUUCACCAGACAAGACAACCCUGUCGGCAGCAGCAGCAGCAGCAGCAGCAGCAACAGCAGCAUCAGCAACAACAUCGUCAGCAACAGCAGCAGCUGCUGCAGCAGCGACAGCAACAGCAGCAACAUCAGCAGCAGUAACAGCAGCAGCAACAGCAGCAGCAGUAACAGCAGCAGCAGCAGCAGCAGCAGCAGCAGCAGCAGCAGCAGCAUGGUCAUCCGAGAGUACCGCGAGAUCCUGCUAGCCAGCAGCAGCAGCAGCAGCAGCAGCAGCAGCAGCAACUGUUCUCUGCUCUCUGCUGCGAAGAGCCUGCGGCCAUCCUGUCUACGCCGUUCCCCCUGGCAGCAGCAGCCGCAGCAGCAGCAGCAGCAGCAACAGCAGCAGCAGCAGCAGCAGCAGCAGCAGAGCUUUCUGACGCGGCGCAGCCGCCUGCCGCCUUUUGCUUUUCAGGGUUUUGGUGAUCUGCAGCUGGAAGCAGCAAACAGCAGCAGCAGCAGCAGCAGCAGCAGCAAGAAGGGUGUGUUGCAGCGGGGGAGGGAGAAGCUGCUGCGUCUCCUUGGCUUCAGCAGCAGCAGCAGCAGCAGCAGCAGCAGCAGGAGGCCGCGGUUUGAGUCUGCUGCUGCAGCUUUCUGGCGUCACGUCACUGCAGCAGCAGCAGCAGCAGCAGCAGCAGCAGCAGCGACAGCAGCAGCAGCAGCAGCAGCAGCGGCAAUGGUAGCAGCAACAGCAGCGAGAGCAGCACAAACCGCCGUGACCUCAGCAGCAAUAACACCAACAGCAGCAGCAGCAGCAGCAUGA